AUGCACUCAAGCACUGCGACAUUGGUAGAAACAUCGACCUCAGUCCCAGACAAGUUCUAUCAAAGACACCAACCGAUCUGUUCGAACAAGUCUGUGUCUACAACAGCGACUGCAGCUAGAAAUUGCAAUACAGUCACUGAGUCGCAGCCAGACGAACCGGAAGAAAAAAUUCAAGUCCAGGAGCAAGAUAUAGGUGAAAGUCAUCAACUUCAGUCGUCACCUUUAAGCGCGCUUGGUUUGUCUACGGAAGCAAACACGGUAAAGGAAUCACAAUCAACAAGGCAAGACAUUUCGCCAACAAAUUUUGGUGAUUCGACUGCUAAAGUUGUGCAUGAGAUAUGUGGUACCGAGCGUAAUGAACUUCGCCGGAAAGCUCAAGUGCUAACGGCCUCACUUCAGCAGGCAAAGCGUAACAACAUGGACGUAUCUUAUCAACAACACCAGCUUGAGGAACUCCAGUCAGAGCUCUGUCGGUUACUUCACAUUGAAGCUCAACUCAAAGAAUAUGAAAAACGGUCCGUGGAAUCCAUUGAGCAUGAGCUCCAGGUGCUCCAGCAAGAAGUCGCGAAUCUAUCUAAGUGUGUUCAGGCUGCACUGCAGGAAGAACUUGAUUGGAUCGACAGGAUGGAGGACUCCCAGCGCGAAGAAAGACUCUAA